AUGGAAUUGACAAGACCUGGUUAUGCGAUUGUUUAUGUCAUUCUCCUUUGCGCGUUGGCCCUAGGGGGCUCAGAGGGAAAGAGAGGGAAGGACGAAGAUUUUUCUAGCGAUGAUAAACAGGCAGAGAAUGUGUGGAAACAUUGUAGGAAAGAAUUGAUAGGGAGGGACAAUGAUGUUAAAGAUUUUGACUUGCAUCCACUGGAAUGGAGCAGUGACAUGAGGUCUAUUCUUACAACAGAAAGUAACAUGCACAAAGAAACCAAGUCUCUGUCUCCCCAUAUAAAAGAAAGAAUUUUGGACUGCAUAAGCACUCCUCCAGCUCCUGCUUCUGUAGAAAAAGAAGGCUCUAGAAUUUUGUUGACAAAGCAUUCUGAACCAACCUUUGGUUUGAGAAGUGGCCAUGAAAGAAGUUUGAUUGCUGAGUCACCACAUAAUGAGAUGUCACCAAGCCCUGCUACUGUUCCAUCCCCAUUGGAAUCACCAAGUCAUGAACCAACUCCAAAAAGUUCCCCAUCAUCACCAACUCCUGAUCCCCAUGCUGUGGAUUUACCACUCCCUCCAGAUAUGUUUGUGCCAUUUCCACCACCACCACCACCUCCUCUACCUCAUUCUCUUACUGGUGAAAUUUUUCGACCUUUAGUAUAUGCACCUACCCCUUCACCUCCUAACAAUGAUGACAAAAAGCAAAAAACAAUUAUCUUAGCUUCCACAAUAUCAGGAAUUAUAAUCUUGAUAGGCUUGUCUCUCUGCUAUCGUGAGGUCAGAAGCAACAAACUUGACAAAGAUGACAGGCCUUUACUCAUACUAAGCUCAAGUGAUUAUCCUAGAGGUUCACAGAAGGUUACUCGUUUGGGAAGCUCUAAUAGGGAAGGAUUUGGUAUUAACAAUGGAAAGAAACCUUCUAAUGUUAGAAAUUGGUCCAUUAAAAAGGCUGAAGAUAACAAUACCUCAAAGGUUGAGACAACAUCAUUAGAAGGUAAGGGACAAAUACCAGCACCUCCUAGUGGAAGACCAGCUCCUCCACCCCCAGGGCCGCCACCACCACCGCCUCCACAGCCACCAGCUCUUGCUCCUCGUCCCCCACAACCUCCAAGAGGUGCUCAUCCUCCACCUGCUCCUCCUCCCAAACCAAUGGCAGGUAGAAAUCAACAUACACCUCUUGGACCACUUCGUGCUAAACAGGGUAGUUCUGGUGAGGGUGAUGCUCAAAAACCUAAACUAAAGCCAUUUUUCUGGGAUAAGGUUUCUGCAAAACCUGAUCAAUCAAUGGUGUGGCAUGAGAUCAGUGCAGGUUCAUUCCAGUUCAAUGAGGAAAUGAUGGAGUCUUUAUUUGGCUGCACCAACCAGAACAGAAAUGAACGCAAAAAAGAUUCACCAUCUGUGGAUACUUCAGUACAUUAUAUUCAGAUUAUUGACCCUAAGAAAGCACAGAAUUUAUCAAUUCUUUUACGAGCUCUGAAUGUGACAACAGAAGAAGUUGUUGAUGCUCUUAAAGAAGGUAACGAGAUUCCUAUCGAGCUCAUCCAGACGUUGUUAAAGAUGGCACCGACAGCUGAAGAGGAACUGAAGCUUAGAUUAUUCACAGGAGAACUUUCUCAACUUGGCGCAGCUGAGAGAUUUCUCAAAGUCUUGGUUGACAUCCCAUUCGCUUUCAAACGCCUUGAAUCUCUUAUGUUCAUGUUUACCCUUCAAGAAGAGACCUCAAGCAUUAAGGACUCGUUUGCAACACUAGAGGUUGCUUGCAACAAACUCAGAAAAAGCAGGUUAUUCUUAAAACUACUAGAAGCAGUUCUGAAAACUGGGAACCGCAUGAAUGAUGGUACCUAUCGUGGUGGUGCUCAAGCAUUUAGGCUUGACACGCUUCUGAAACUAUCAGAUGUAAAAGGAACAGAUGGCAAGACAACACUAUUACACUUUGUUGUUCAGGAGAUUAUACGUUCUGAGGGGAUAAGAGCUGUGCGCACAGAGAGAGCAAGCAGAAGCAUUUCAAGUAGUAUUGCAACAGAGGAUUUUGAAGAUGGCAGUGAAGAAUCCGCAGAACACUAUCGCAGCCUUGGCCUUCAGGUAGUUUCAGGUCUAAGCACUGAACUUGAGGAUGUUAAAAAGGCAGCACUCAUAGAAGGUGAUGCACUGAGUGCUGCAGUGUCAAAACUUGGCUACUCAUUGAUAAAGGCUCAAGAGUUUCUGAACACAGACAUGAAGAACCUUGAAGAAGACAGUGAGUUCCAACGUUGCUUGGAAAGGUUUGUGGAGAAAGCAAAAGAAGAUGUGACAUGGCUUGUGGAGGAAGAGAAGAGGAUAAUGGCUCUGGUUAAGAGCACCGCUGAUUACUUCCAUGGGAACGCAGGAAAAGAUGAAGGGUUGCGUUUGUUUUUGACUGUGCGUGAUUUCUUGAUAAUAUUGGACAAGGUUUGCAAAGAGGUGAAGGACACAACGAUCAAGUCAUCAGCGAAGGGUUUAUCUUGCAAGAAAGAGGCUCCAUCAGUGCCAUCUUCACCUGACACUCGUCAACAUUCACCACCUUCUGAUCUACAUAGAAGACUAUUUCCAGCAAUUGCAGAGCGUAGAGUUGAUUACUCUAGCUCUGAUGAUGAGGACUUUUCUCCAUAG